ACAAUGGUUAUCCGCAAAAUCACCCAAAGAUACGCCACCCACGGCAUCCCCCUAGAAUGCGACAUCUACACCCCAGACGACGCCCCCAAAGCCUCUCCCGUGUUCCUGUACUUUCACCCCGGAGGCCUCGUCGGUGGAAGCCGUGAUCUCAUUGCGCCCUGGCUCGUACAAGUCUGCUAUCAGCGGAAAUGGCCUCUCAUCUCCCCAAGUUAUCGCCUCCUCCCACAGGCCCGCGGCAAGGGCCUCCUGGAAGACGCCUCGGCAGCAUACGCCUUUGCGCAGAACUGGGACACGCAGCACGGCGAUGCCAAGAGAAGAGUCAUUGUCGGAGGUGCCAGCGGCGGCUUCUUCAUGGCCGCUCUCAUCGCCCACCACUACCACCCCAAACCCCUCGCCCUCUUCUCCAUCGAAGGCAUAAACACCUUCCGCCACCGCUUCUUCAACUCCUCCGUCCUCAUCCCCGAUGAAGAAAUCUCUCACGCCGCCAUGGAAAAACACAUUGCCGGGCCCAUGCAAGUCGGCCACAUGAAGCCCGACGAAUCGACCUUUGUUCUCGAUAAACUCACCCCCGAGGGCGCGAAGAAUCCAGACUUUGCCCCUCCAAAGGCUCCUGAGCAGACGUCUUCUGAUGAGAGCCACCGGGGUAUGCUCUAUGACUACUACACGUUCAACAACUCCUUCGUUGAUCUCGUUGGAGAUGUCGACCCGGGGUAUCAAUGGGCAAAGCAGCCAGACGCAAAAGACAGAGUCGCAGAGUGGCCCAAGACGGUCGUCUUCCACGGCAACAAUGAUCCUGAUGUGGAGCUCAAUGUGAGCGAGGAGAUGCGCGACUGCCUGGGCCAGGACAAGGUCACGCUGUUUGUCGCCAAAGGUCAGCCGCACUUGUUUGAGCUGGAAAAGUUCAUCGAGGAUGAAGCUCCAGGGAUGGACGCCGUGAGGCAGGCAGUGGCCAAGUUGGACGAGAUCGUGGUCUCAUCAACAUGACGCUGAUUGGUAGCAUACCACUCCUACAGACUGAUUCAUCACGCUGUGCGUGUAACUUGAAAACAAUGGUAUAAUAAG